GCAAUGAAAGAGUCAGUAUUCAAGGGUCGCUUGUAGGUCACACUGUUGUUGAGUUACGUGGUCCAGACAGGGAUCGAGUUUCCGAAGUCAUCGAUUUGCAGCAGAUUUUCCCAUACUUACGCAUAACAGGAAAGCAAAUGACUACACAUUCAAGUUUUGCCUCGAAUGGGACGCUGUUUGCUGAGUAUGCUAACAUGGCUAGAAGUGCUGGCGGCCGGGGCAAGGAAGUGUUCCAGAAGCUCCUGUUUCUUAUUCGUGACUGGCAAUAUCCCGGAGAGAAGCCAUUCGGGCUGGAAGGAGGAGAAGCGCUGCUUCAGCCUUACCUUCGAAGCGACCCCACACUGGCAAGGGAAGUGUGCGAACUACGUGAAAACAUCCGAAACAGCUUCAGCGAAGUGAAAUGCUUCCUCAUGCCCAGACCUGGUGACGCGGUGGAGAACACGAAAUUCGACGGAAGGCUUCGUGAUAUAUCUCGAGAUUUCAAGUAUCACUUGAAGAACCUCCUGUCUUACCUUCUUUCACCUGAAAGGCUGGUUCCGAAAAAGAUCAAUGGAAGAAUUGUCACGUGCAAGGAGCUCGUGUGCAUGUUUCAGGCUUAUUUCAGUGUCUUCAACGAGAAGGAGCUCCCUCAACCCAGGUCCGUCUUCAACGCGACUGCAUUUGUCCACAACAAGCGAAUCAAUGACGAAAUCGUGAAAAAAUAUGAAACCGCCAUGGAAGGGAUCGCCCGUAGGAAUACUCAUUCCGAAUCUGACACUGAUAUCGACGAGCAACAUCAGAAAUUGAUGAAAGAGUGCUUGUCGCAGUUCGAGAAGGAACAGAAGAUGGGAAAUCACGACAGAGAUCUUCGGGAACAGCUUGUAAAGGAUCUCAAUCGCUCCUACGACAUGUGCAAACGGUCUCGUAAAAUGAUCCGGGAGUACAAACGGGAGAUGGAGCACCGGAUCGGGAGAGAACGAGAAGAGACUCGGCGUGUUUUUGAAGAGAGAAUGAAACAGAUUAUUGAAGAGGAGAGGAGUAAACACAUGGAAAAGAUCGAAGACAUGGCCAGAACACACAGCCUAGAUAUAGAAAAGAUGAAAAACGCUAUCCAACCCGAAUCAGGGGUUGGGUUCUGGGACGUUGCCAUGGAUGCAGUAAGAUAUAUCCCCUAUGUGGGACCAAUUGCAUCCGGCUUAUUACAGCUAUUCAAGAGAAAAUGAGAACCUCGCUGGGAAAACCUGAGGCGUCGAUUGACAUUAGGGGUUACGACGCCAUACUCUAUGUGGACCAUCAGAUUAUUGAGUACCAGGGAGCACUUGGACAUUCGUCAAAGAUUGGACCACUUUGGGCAGUUUGGAUGGCAAGAAUGAUCCUGUCUUGUCGCUGCAAGCUCCCCCAAAUAGGCUCAAUACUGAACUGGGCACAUCAAAUUCUGGCAUAGUCGCCAUACGGCAAGCUUUUACACGAACAUCAUCACCUUGUUCCUAGUGUCCCCUAUUAUUUCUUACGUCCAUCGACAGUAGUAUCAACAAAUAGUGCCAUAAAUUUUGGAAUUGGCACACGUCCGUGAAAUGCGUUGCCUUCAACGAAGGAACUCUCGAACAAUUUUUCUUUGUUUAAAAACUAAUUAAACAGUACUUACUUUCUUCAGAUGAAUCUGCUCAAGUUAGAUAACUGCUAGAUUAACUGCUAGAUAUCUGAUACGGUACUAUACUUUAUGUGACUACUUUUAUGGUUGUAUCUUCAGUUCUCAUUGAAUAGAUUGCGACUGUGAAAUGAUGUGUGUUGAUGUUAUUUAAUAUUAUUGUUGGGAGGACCCUCUAACCGGCAGCUGUUUCGUCUUGCUCCUCCUCCUCUGAGUGUAUUACUGCUAUGGAUAUAUAAUUGGAAUAAACAUGGUUCAUAUAAUUGA